AGGGAAGCUGUUUGGCUUGUUGCUCGACUCAACAGCAGGAGUAUUUGCUCUCACUCUCCCAGAGUUGCUGCACUUGUCGGUGGUGAGGACAACUGAGCUAGAGAUGACUAGCCAAAAAGUGGAAGACCGUGUGAAGGAAGAUAAGGUUCACCUGAGACGCAGCAUUGGUCUGCUGCCUGCUGUCUCCUUCACCAUUGGAACCAUGGUGGGCAGCGGAAUCUUCAUCGCACCCAAAGGUGUGCACAUCAAUACUGGCAGUGUGGGACUCUCCCUGGUCGUCUGGGCGCUCUGUGGACUCCUCUCUAUGCUUGGUGCCUUGUCCUACGCUGAGCUGGGAACCAGUUUCAAAAAGUCUGGUGCUCAUUAUACAUAUAUCCUUGAGACACUUGGGCCACUUCCUGCUUUCCUGAGGCUUUGGUCUGAGUUCAUUUUUAUCAGACCUGCAGUGACCGCGUAUAUUGCCCUGGCUUUCGGUCACUACGUCGUAGAGCCGUUUUUCACGCCGUGCCCAGCUCCUCUUCCAUUAGUCAAAGUAACCAGUUUUCUUGCAAUGACAUUUUUGGUGGCAGUGAACUGCUGGAGUGUAUCGCUGGCCUCUCGUACACAAGUCAUCCUCCUGAUAGUUAAGAUCUCUGCUCUGGUUCUGAUCAUCAUCCCAGGAAUUAUGGCCCUGGCCGAAGGUCAAACUGAAAACUUUGAGAAUGCUUUUAAUUCAGAGUCGCUCACAUUGAAAAAGCUGCCUUUAGCCUUCUUCUCAGGAUUUUAUGCCUAUUCUGGAUGGUUUGCAUUAAACUUUGUGACAGAGGAGGUAAUCAAUCCCAAAAGAAACAUUCCACUGGCCAUCACUCUGUCCAUGGUCACAGUUACUAUAUUAUACGUGCUGGUGAAUGUAGCCUAUUACGCUGUGAUGACCGAAGACGAGCUGCUGAGAUCCGAUGCCGUCGCAGUAACUUUCACCAGUAAAGCCCUACCCAGGAUGGCAUCACUGGUGCCCUUACUGGUAGCCCUGUCCUGUCUUGGAGCCAUGAAUGGUGGGAUCUUUUCAGUACCUAGAAUGUUAUUGGUGGCUGCCAGAGAGGGACAAUGGCCAGCUCUGUUUUCCAUGAUACAUAUACGCAGAAAGACACCGAUGCCUGCUGUACUGUUGCUGUCCCCUCUAACUGUGGUCAUGGUGGCAAAAGGAGAAAUUUAUGAGUUGGUCAACUUCGCUUCCUUCUCACGCUGGCUCUUCCUUGCCUUGGUUACGCUGGGGCUCGUCAUCCAUCGCUAUCGAUUCCCAGACCAUCCAAAAGCUUUUAAGGUUCCUCUGGCUGUUCCUGUCACCUUCACAGUGGUGUGCUUCUUCAUUGUGGGUAUGUCUCUGUAUUCAGACCCCUUGAACACAGGUUGCAGUUUGGGUGUUACAUUCACUGGGAUCCCAGUGUACUACCUGAUCGUGAAACACUCUUAUGUUCCAACCCGUUGGAGAAAAGCUUUUGAUUACUGCAGUAGACAACUUCAGAUCUUCCUGGAAGUAAUACAGCAAGAAGUUCAGACCUACUGAAAGAACACUAAACGCUUCGGCUAAGUAAUCCACAUUAGGAUCUCCUUGAUUCUUCAACAAAACCGUCCAACAAACUCGCAACGGAUCGGCAAGCGAUACUCAAACAAAUGUUUAGCAUAAUAAGUAGUAGAAAUAACAUCCUGACCUUCAGCUGUGGGAACCUGUAUGUAAUGUAUCAGUAUCAGCUUUGUUGAUUUGUGCUGUAAUUACAAGUAAAUAAAUACUGUGAAACACUAACCAGAGAUCAGUCGUGUCCGUUUAACUGACAGUUAUUUUAGUCAUUUAAUCUGGAUUGUAGUAUAGUGCUACUCAAAAAGACCACUUUCUGUCAAAUCUCUGGACUUUCUACUGAUAAAUAAUGCACUAUAUUUAAUGAUAAAGUAAUAGUGACUUGUAUACUGUGAA